CCGACUAUGUGUAGCGUUGCCGUCUAUCGUAAUUAUAAAUAUCGAGCAUUUUAUAUAAAAUAACUGCUUUAUUAUUAAAACAAAAUUUAUUCGGAAGAGAAUAAACAAUAUUUUGGAAAGACAAGAUGAUUUUACAAGGAUCACAUAUUAUCAAUCAAUUAAACAACAUCUAACAUCACACAUAGCCGGUUUACAUACUACGCAAUCAGUGCAUCAUAAAGUUUCAAGAAUAAGAUUUCUAUGAUAUACAUUAUUCUUUGUUCUAAAACAUGUAAUCAAAUGCCUAAGAUGUUGUAAAUAUUACGAAAAUUUAUGUGUGAUACUUAAUGAAAAUUCAUUUUAGUUACACAUAAAGCUUUGGAUACAUUACCAAAUUGAUGUGAGUCUGUAAAAAAUGACUGUUGUGUUAUACUAUCAGUAUAAAUGAGUUUAUUAUGUUACAGUAGUGUGUGUAUAGUAAUACUAUUAGAACGAAAAACAAUAUUUGUUGUUGUUACGAAGAAUGAAGAAAUUAUUGUUGUAAAUUGAUGAAGAUAUAAUAACAUGAGAGUAAUUUUGAACAAAAUUAGAUCAACUGUUUCAAGAAAUCUGCUCGGGACUUCGUAAUGUACGAAUGAAGACACCACUAGCUGUUGAGAGAGGAGAUUCAGCAGUAUUAAACUGUUGGUAUGAUCUAGAAGAUGCUGAUCUCUAUGUGGUCAAGUGGUACAAGAAUGGCAAAGAGUUCUAUCGCUUUAGUCCUAAAGAAUUACCAUCUUCUAAAGUAUUCCCUAUUGGAAGCUUUCGAGUUAACAAAGCCAAAAGCAACGCAACGCAGGCUACUUUGGAAAAUCUACAACUUGAUGCAGCUGGAGAAUACAGCUGUGAGGUAUCUGCUGAUGCUCCAUCCUUCCAUACUGCCGUUGUCUAUGCAACAAUUUAUGUAGCCAAACUUCCAACUCAAAGACCAGAAAUAUAUGGAUUUAUUCGUAAAUAUAAAGUUGGAGAUACUCUUCGUGUAAAUUGUACAUCGGGAAGAAGCAAACCUGCUGCUAAUUUGACAUGGUACGUCAAUGAUCGACAGCCCUCUCCUGCCCACGUACACACGUAUAAUGUAUUGGAUAUAAAUAAUUCAGAGUGGCAAAUUGCUCAAACGAGUCUUCAGUUUGUUGUAACGCAUGAGCAUUUCACGUACGGCAAGCUCAAGAUUCGUUGUAGCGCUUCGAUAUAUAAUCUUUAUUGGCAAAGCACUGAAGUGAGCACGGAAGAAGAGAGGCCAAAAGUCAUUCGAUUGGAACAAGAAGCUACGAUUGUGGGCAUCAAUUACCUCCAACCACCUCCAAACUUUCAAACUGACCAGCGAAAACCCGAUGGACACCUCGACGUAAGAGACAUUGAAUCUUCUUCGGAAUUGAACCAAAGCUCUCUGCAUCUUAUCCUUGAACUCAUAUUUAUACAUCUAACUAUUAUGCUUCUUCAACUUGAAACUUUGUGAAAUAAGUUUCGUUUAUUAUAAGCAUGCUUUGGAACUCUAUCUCUCUCUAUACGUAUAUGUAUACAUAUAAAUGUAUAAAUUAACCGUGCUUGUAUGGAACAUUGUACAAUUUCGCGUGUUAAUUAUUUGCAAUCUCUGAAGAUGUUUUUUAAUAAUAAACUUCAAGAGAGGUUUAUGGAAGUUAACAAAGCAUGAUUCAUCACUCAUUUUCUCCACAAAGAGCUGAUAAGUUCUCUUUGUAUUAUGCUACUGCCAAAAGUUGUUAGAGGAUUGAAAAAAUUUAAGAAAAAAAACCUUUAAGCUGAUUUUUGGUGUGAUGGUAUCCGUCAACUGUAAAUCAGUUCACAUCAUUUUCUUACCACUUCAGGAGCAAAAUCCUCCGGGAAUUUCCAGGAAAGAGUUCACAGAUCGUCGAACAUCAGUAUGAAUAUAUUAAACUUUCAAAAUGCUGACAGAAAGUCGAUAAUCAACUUGGGGGAAUGAAAAUACACAAAUAUAAAUUUUUUCUCCAAUUUUUAUUCACUUUUAAAACGUUAAUCUGUCGGAAUCUAAGAUUUUUAUGAGGACAAAUCAUCCGGAAAAAAAAGUCAAGGAGAGGAAAAGUCAUUUGAUGUAGGGUUUGAAUGGUUUUAAGCAAGAAGUGAGGCAAUUGAUGUGAUGGUGGAUAAAGUACAUGUAUGUAUUUCUACGUUCUUAAACUAGUGCGUAAGCAGUACAUAAAUUGAAAGAUGAGCAAACUCCCAAAAGAAGAAGGGCGAAGUGAGUUGAAAAAAACUUAAGAUUGAUUGAAAUAGGAAACAGGAGAAUUUAUGUAUCAAGGGAGUUUUCCUUCAAAAACUGACGACUUUUCUGCAAAAGACCAUUUGUUGAGAAAGUCAGCAAGUGGAAAGGAGUGAAUCAUCCUUUUUGUUUUCUUAGAAACUCUCUGCGACAUUAUGCAUCAAGAAGAAAAAUUAUGAAAAAAUCACCAAAGAAUUUGUGAAAAGUAUGAACAUUUAGUUCAGUGAUAUUAAGAUUUAAUAAAAAAGUUUGAAAUUUAUUUAUUAAAAGUCAUUAUAGUCAGUGUAUAUUUAAAUAAUCAGUUAUAAUUUAUUUUUUACA